GCCUCAUUUCAUUGUGCAAGAAAGGCAAAGAGCUAUCAGAAACCCAGAGAGAGAGAGAGAGAGAGGGUAUUCUUGAUCAAAACCUCUGAUCUAUUCUAUUCAUUAUCAUCAUUUGUUUGUUCGUUAGUUAAUUUUCCGGCGUACAGAGAUACUGUGAGAUUCUUAGCGACCGAUUCAGAAUUUGUGAAGAUCGAGGCUUAAAGUUCUUAGCAGGAGAAUUUGCGGCCACCCAAAUGCAGAAAGUUGGAGUAGAGCGCCACCAGCAUCGCCAUUCCGACACCGAGAUUGUCGGCUCAGACAGGGUUGCCUACAGCGGCCCGUUAAGCGGCCCUCUGAACAAGAAAGGAGGAGGAGGAGGAGGCGGCGGCCGGAAGAGUGCGGGGUUCGACCUUCCGGACGCGGCCACUUCCGGCGGGGACGAUGACCAGAAUUACGUGGAGAUCACGCUAGACGUACGGGACGACUCCGUCGCCGUGCACAGCGUGAAGGCGGCCGAUGGCGGGGAGAUGGAGGACCCGGAGCUGAGUUUGCUGGCCAAAGGGUUGGAGAAGAGGUCGUUGUCGGUGGUGAGGAAUGCUUCUUCUCGGAUCAAGCAGGUUUCGCAGGAGCUCAGGCGCUUGGCGUCAUUCUCGAGGCGACCGCAUCUCGGCCGGUUCGAUCGGACCAAGUCCGCCGCCGCUCAAGCUCUCAGGGGGCUGAAGUUCAUCGCCAAGACCGAUGGUGGCGGCGGCUGGGCAGCGGUGGAGAAGCAGUUCGACCGCCUCACCGCCUCCUCCGACGGCCUCCUCCACCGCUCCCUGUUCGGCGAAUGCAUAGGGAUGAACAAGGAGUCGAAAGAGUUCGCCGGAGAACUCUUCGAUGCGCUCGCCCGGAGAAGGAGCAUUACCGGCGAUUCAAUCAACAAAACGCAGCUGAGAGAGUUCUGGGACCAAAUCGCCGACCAGAGCUUCGACUCUCGGCUUCAAACUUUCUUUGACAUGGUUGACAAAGACGCCGAUGGCCGAAUAGCUGAAGAAGAAGUCAGAGAGAUUAUAAGCCUCAGUGCUUCUGCAAACAGGCUGUCAAAUAUCCAAAAACAGGCUGAUGAGUAUGCAGCAUUGAUCAUGGAAGAGCUGGACCCGGAUAAUCUUGGCUACAUACAGAUGGUGAACUUGGAGAUGCUGCUGCUGCAAGCUCCAAUCCAGUCGACUAGAGGAGGGGAGAGCCGAAUGCUGAGCCAAAUGCUGAGCCAGAAGCUGAAGACAACUCACGAGCUGAACCCCAUAAGAAGAUGGUAUCGGCACGCCAAGUACUUCUUGCUGGACAACUGGCAGAGAGUGUGGGUGAUGGCGCUGUGGAUGGCGGUAAUGGCGGGGCUAUUCGCUUGGAAAUUCAUUCAAUAUCGCAACAGAGCGGCGUAUGAUGUGAUGGGGUCUUGUGUUUCCAUGGCCAAGGGUGCAGCCGAGACUCUGAAGUUGAACAUGGCCCUGAUUCUGCUUCCUGUUUGCCGGAACACCAUCACCUGGCUCAGGACCAAAACCAAGCUUGGAUCUGCUCUUCCGUUCGACGACAACCUCAAUUUCCACAAGGUCAUAGCCGUGGCAAUAGCGAUUGGAGUUGGGAUUCAUUCAAUCUCUCACUUAACCUGCGAUUUCCCGCGCCUUCUUCAUGCUACUUCUGAAGAGUACGAGCCAAUGGAGAAGUAUUUCGGGGAGCAGGCCACGAGCUACUGGCAUUUCGUGAAGAGUUUCGAAGGCAUAAGUGGGAUCAUCAUGGUGGUGCUCAUGGCAAUAGCCUUCACACUGGCAACUCCUUGGUUUAGGCGAGGCAGAGUCAACUUGCCCAGGCCCCUGAACAAGCUCACCGGAUUCAAUGCCUUCUGGUAUUCACACCACCUCUUCGUCAUCGUCUACGCGCUGCUCAUUGCUCAUGGCAUGAAGCUUUAUCUCACCCACAAAUGGUACAAGAAAACAACUUGGAUGUACGUGGCGGUUCCAAUCAUGCUGUAUGGGUGUGAAAGAUUGGUAAGGGCAUUCAGAUCCAGCAUCAAGCCUGUUAAGAUACUGAAGGUGGCUCUUUAUCCUGGCAAUGUGCUAGCACUUCACAUGUCCAGGCCUCAAGGCUUCAAAUACAAGAGUGGGCAAUACAUGUUUGUCAACUGUGCUGCUGUUUCCCCAUUUGAAUGGCACCCGUUCUCCAUUACUUCUGCUCCUGGUGACGACUACCUCAGUGUUCAUAUUCGGACUGUUGGUGAUUGGACACGACAACUCAAGACAGUGUUCUCACAGGUGUGUCAGCCACCGCCUACCGGGAAAAGUGGACUCCUCAGAGCUGAUCACAUGCAGGGAGACAAGGAACCCAAUUUCCCGAGGGUGUUGAUCGACGGUCCAUAUGGUGCACCAGCACAAGAUUACAAGAAAUAUGAAGUGGUCUUACUAGUAGGCCUAGGUAUUGGGGCAACACCAAUGAUCAGCAUUGUAAAAGAUAUUGUGAACAACAUGAAGGCCACGGAGGAAGAAGAGAAUGCCUUGGAAAAUGGACCUGGUGACAACUUAUCUGCCACUUCUCCUACUCCCACAACACUCAAGAGGAGGCCGGGAUCGGGCAGUGGCGGCAGCAGCAACAGCUUCAAGACCAGAAGAGCAUACUUCUAUUGGGUGACGAGGGAACAAGGCUCCUUUGACUGGUUUAAAGGGAUCAUGAAUGAAGUGGCCGAAAUGGAUAACAAGGGGGUCAUAGAGAUGCACAACUACUGCACCAGCGUGUAUGAAGAAGGCGAUGCUCGCUCUGCCCUCAUCACCAUGCUGCAGUCGAUCAACCACGCCAAGCAUGGCGUGGACGUGGUGUCUGGCACCCGGGUUAAGUCCCAUUUCGCCAAGCCCAAGUGGCGCGAUGUCUACAAACGCGUAGCUCUCAACCACACCAAUGACCGUGUUGGAGUCUUCUAUUGUGGGGCACCAGCACUAACAAAAGAGUUAAGACAUCUAGCCCUGGAUUUCUCCCACAAGACCUCUACCAAAUUUGAAUUCCACAAAGAGAACUUUUGAAACCUCCAUGGAUUAUUGGAUGACAACACGUGAAGCUCGUCAUCUACAUAUAUACUACUACAAUACUAAUCUUCUAAUGUACAUCCAUAAUCGCAUAUUAUUAUCUGUAAUAUUGUAUUAUUUAAUGACCAAGCUCACGAUUAUUGACAAGAGGGUAGCCACAGAUAUGGUGGCUGAUGAAUAUAGAAGAAAUGUAGAGGAAGAAGAAAGUGGAAUUGGUCCCUGUUUGGAUUGGGACCACCAGCCCACUUGGAUAUUGGUUGGAGUAGGUAAAGCUCUUGUUCAAGCCUGAGAAUUUUGAUUUUAGAAGGAAUACUAUAUACAGAGAUAAUGCGGAGACAAUGGUGCUGGACAUGCACAAUGCGACCCACCAAUUAUAGAUAUAUAUAUAUAUCUAUAUGAUGUAAUUUGACCUUGAAAUGUAUAUUUUUUUCAUACCCUUCUUCACAUAUACACAAUAUUAAUGAUAAUCAUCCUAACCAAUUAGUUCGAGUUGAUUAUGAUAA